UUCAGAUUAAAAAGUCAAAUUUAAGAUAGAUACAAGACUAGAUUACUGGUCUUGUUUAAUAUUUUUAAGAGGUAAAAAAAGAGUUUAAAAAAAUUGGAAACUUACAUGAUUAUAUUUCUUUAAAAUUUAUCACUGUUUGCUUUUAAUUUUUAUAAUAUUUAUAGUUAAAAUAGCCUCUAGAAAAAAUCGUUAACAUAUCAUUUAAGGCGUCGUAGCUCCCCCAGGUGUUCCCUUGGGCCAUGUAAAGUGCAGAUUUCGCGUCAGUCUCUCUCUCCUCUUCAGUCUUCAUGUUUUGGGGGCCCCCCGGUGCCCCCGCCCUCGCUGGACCCCCCCACCUGCACCACGGCUGCCCCGCCCGCUCACCUGGUUGCCAUGCCCACGGAGACUCUGGCCCCGCCCUCUCUGGCAGAUAACAAGGCUCCAGGCCCCGCCCCCCCGUUCGGCGCCUCUGUGCCGCUGCGGAUUCUCAACAAAGGGCCCGACUAUUUCAGGAGAACGGUGGAGCCGAACCCGAAGCGCCUGAGUGCGGUGGAGCGUCUGGAGGCGGAUAAAGCCAAGUAUGUCAAGAGCCAGGAGGUCAUCAACGCCAAACAGGAGCCCAUCAAACCGCCGGUGCUGGCCAAGCCCACGGCGGCGCUCCUGUCCCGCAGAGAGAGGGGGGGGCCAGGAGGGGGUGCCGGGGGAGCUCUGCCCUUCAAAGCCUCCAACAACAACUCCAAACCCGAGCACUGCCCCAAAGGAGGGACCAAAAGAGACAACCUCAACCUGGAGAUCCUCAAGAACCUGCUGAACUCUGGGCCCGGGGCGGAGGGCUUUGGCGGAGGAGCCAAGAGCGCCGUGCUGAGGUCGUCCGGGGGAAUGGCGCGCAGCUGGACCCCGUCUGGGAUGCCGCUGACGUACAGAUCCACCAUGACGCUGAACGAGCCCGCCUCAGACUCCGCUCCGAGCCCGGGCACCUCCCACUCCCUGCGCUCCUUCUCCCACUCGCUCAAAGUCCUGCCCAUCACCAGCAGUGGGCGCUGCAGCCCUCAGCUGGGCGCCAACCUGAACCUGAGCCGCCGCCGCGCCGACUCCACCGUCCCCGAACGCUCCUGCUCUCCUCUCCCUCCGCUCCUCACCUCGCACUCCUCCUCAGACCUGCUCAGACUUUGCAAUGGGAAACCUCUCCGCGCCGCUCGCUCCAGCAGCUCGUCGGCGCCCCCUAUCCCCCCCAAACCCAACCCGGCGUCGCUCCCUCCGCCCGCACUCUCCCUCUCUUUACCUCCGCCGCGCCCCAUGCAGUCGCCUUUACCCUACGACAACACCACUCCCCAGUCGCUCCCCUGCGACCUCCCCGACUCCUCAAACGCCGACGGCAACAAUGAAUCUGCGGUCACGCGGCGCUCAUCGCUACAUCGCUCCAAAUCGGAUUUAUCAGACCGCUACGCCCGAGCCGGCGCCGACGUGGAACGCUUUUUCAACUACUGCGGCCUGGACCCCGAAGAGCUGGAGUCGGUCGGUCCGGAGAACUUUGCCCGGGCGAACUCCGACAUCGUUUCGCUGAAUUUCAAAUCGGCGUCUAUGAUUUCGUCCGAUUGCGAUCAGUCGAGGAGGUCUUCGAACGACGGGCUCUCGGACGCGGAUGACGAGGAGGAGGAGGAGGAGGCCGGGGAAAGGGUUCCGUACGGGAUUUCGGCGGUGGAGCGGAACGCGAGGGUCAUCAAAUGGUUGUAUAGCAUCAAGCAAGCGAAGGAGAGCCAAAAAGUGUCGCACGUUUGAAAGACGAUUAUGCAAUGGCUGGAGCUGGGACGAUUUCGAAGUUGCACAAGUAGGAACGGAAGGAGAAAGACUGCUGACCGAUCAAAAACUAUAAAACACGUGAAGGAAAAAAAAGCUGAAGAACAAAAUUUUAAGAGAAAAUUUCAAGUCUGGGCGAAGGUAAAAUGUGAAAUGAAAACUUUCGCCGAAUCGUUUUGGACAAUUGAACUCAACUAUAAAGAACAAGAGUCAAAUGCACUAUGAUUGUUACAUAGUUUGUCUCUUCAAAACAUGAUUCAAACCAGAGAUGCGUUCGAGAACUGGAUGGAAGCUCGGUAUUUUCAAAUCAAAACAUAUUUUAAAAUUUUGGUCUCAGAUUUGUGGAGAACCAGCCUUGAAAAAUCCAAAUAUUACAACCAAAAACAUAAAUUCUUCGGGGGUUGGGGUCCAUCACCGGCUUCUCUCCAUGGAGAUGUUGCCUGGAAUGUUCCACAGUAUGUCUUUACACCACAGAGACAACAGGUAACUCUGUAGGGCCAAGUUACAGGCCAGCUCUGUGGAAAGGCGAGUCCACUCACACUCAGAAUGCAAGAUUUUAAGUCAACAGAAACCCAUUAUUAUUGAGUAAAUGCACGAUGGAUACGUUUAAUGCCACACCGGGACAUUCUGGGCCAUUUUUAUUCCUUGUCUCCAUGGAGAUGUUGGAGUCGGACCCUUCACCUGAAAAGAACUGCGUAACUUUUCUGGUGGAGGCUCUGUCAGAUGCUUUUCUCCAUUAUUGCUUUGUCUGGAAAUGUUUCGCAGUGCGGCAUUAAAACUUUCAACCUUCACAGGGACCAAAACCGGACCAAGCUACAGGUCAGGUCUGUGGAGAGGUGAGUCACUCAGAGGUUUUAAUGCCACACCGGGACAUUCUAGGCAAAGCAGAAACAUGUCCAUGGCGACAAGUAGAAGCUCGACCCCUUGACCUGAAAAGAACUAAACAACUUUUCUGGUUUGUCUAGAAUGUUUCGCAGUGCGGCAUUAAACCUUUCGAUCUUCGCGGACACCAGACCAAGUCACAGGUCAGAUCUGCGGAGAGGCGACCCCCGCUCACAGUCAGAACGCCUGUUUUCGAGCUGUAAAACCACCCGUGAUCGAAUAAACGUUAAAGUAGAGCCGUUUAAAGUCACACUGUGGAACAUUCCAGGCAGAGCAAUGACGUCUCCAUAGAAGGAAAUGAAAAAAGUGAGAAUUUUUGACUUUCAUUCAAGCCACUAACCCGUUUUGUUUAAUGGCGUUGUCUAAAUAUCUGAGAUUUGUGAGGAGAAGUGCAAUAAAUGGACUAAACCAGACGUACAACGCCCCUUAAAGAUUAAAAUUUUUCGGAAAUUAUCAGAAUUUAACCUACACAUUUGUCCAAAAAAUAUCAACAAAGCUUUUCUAAUUGCUUAAAGCGUUGAUACAAGAGUGUUUCUCCAUCCAGUUUUUUGUAACACAUCUGUGGACCGGGCCUUUAAAACAGUGGACAUUUCGACUUGAACUGAGUGAAGAUAUACACGUUUUUAUUUCAAGCUUUCCUCAUUUUUUCUUAUCAGUAUUGUCGAACGUGUUGCGCGAACGUACAUUUGAACUGGAGAGGGGUGUGGGCUUUAUGACUUUAUUAUAAAAUGCCAAAUCGUACACAGCGAAUGGUCGGCGAGACGAUUAAAUUUACAGAUAAAGUUACAGAUAUUUACGUUUCAUAGUGGGCAGAGUUCAGUUUAAAAGGUUCAUUUUACGCUAUUUUCUGAUGUUUUAAUGUAGUUUUCUCAUCGCAAACGGACCUGGAGUUGUGUUUUGUUUCAUUCACACAUUUUUAAAACACAAACGCUGCAUAUGUACUGGAAUCAUUUGGAUAAUUUCAAACCUGCAAUCGCCAAUCUCGACUGAACUAAAUCUAAAAGGAGCUGUUAACCUGAAAAAAAAAAAAAAAAAAAAACAACCGCUUCGUGACAUCACAAGGUGGGCAUUUUGACCUUUGGAGAUGAAGACAGACUAAUAAUAGGGUCUGGUCAAGCAGUACCGGAGGGAAACAGGAGCAGAUAUUUUACAUUCAAAUGUGUCUUAUUCAGAAACUAGAGGGACUAUUGAAAUAAGUAAAGUAUCAGAAUGUAGGAAAGAGUUACACUCCAACAGGGUCAAGUUAAACCUGUGAUAUUCUUUCAAGUUGUCGACAAAAAAUUUAAAAAACUCAUGUCGGUAACGGAGGGAAUGAAAUAUGCAGCACUUUUUGGGCAAUAAAUCCAAACAGUGAUAACUCUUGGUUCUCACUUACAUAUCCUUAACAAACUGGUUUGAAUAUUUGCUUCAUAUAGUUUUCUACCAUAUGGUACAAGAUUAGGUUGAAAAACCUCUUACUUUUUGACUCAUGAGAUUUUUUAUUAAGAAAGGUCAUGGUAACGGAGGGAAAAGUAACGGAGGGAAAAUUGUACAAACAAGUAGAAGGUGCAGGAUUUUACAUCAUUUGUCGCUUUUUUCUUCUGAAUAUUUUAAUAUUACUUCAAAAUGAAAGGAAACUAUUUCUAUAAAAUAUGUCAGUCCUUCCAAGCAAAUUUUUAUUUAUUUCAUUUUAAAUACUUUUUUUUUUUAAUCCUGUCCCUUCAUCAACAGUUCAAAGAUGGAAUAACACAAGAUAUGAUGAAAUACAUCCAUUUAUUUACAUGAUUUUUGGGUCUUUGAAAUUUGGGAAAUAAUUUUUGUUCCAUGUUUCAUACAUGGUCUGUUUAAAACAUAUGGAACUUUAGAACCAAAAAUGGUCCAGAAAAAAGGUCAACAGUUUCAUAAACUAGAGCACAUAUGUAUCUGUUCAAUACAUUUUUAUAUCAGAUGAAUUAACUUGAACUUUUGGCCUUGGUGUUUACUUCUGCUUGACCAGGCCCACUAAAGAGUUAUUCAAACGUGUGAAUGAAACAAAACACAAGUCCUGGUCUGUUUUUGAGGAGGUAACAACAUUAUAACAUGAUUUAAACCUCACAAGAGUCCGUUUUGCAUCAUGUAGGAUCUUUGUCAUUGUGAAACUGCAGUUCCAAAAGUCCCACAAUAUUAUUAUGAACGGUAAUCGAUUAAUUGUGACCAGUCGACUAUAAUAAAAAUAAUCGUAGCUGUAUUUUUUGAUCACUGAAAACGUUAUCAGGGUAUUAAAGACUCUAAACAGAAAUUAAAAGACCUUUUAUAACAAAACCAGCAGCAUUAUUAAAUAAAAAUGUCCAAAACGAAUAGAACCAUUUCUCAUUUUCAUCAAUAGGGUUUAUUCGUAAAUAUUCUAUAAAUACUAAAAGCUUUCAGUCACCAAUUUUCAAUGUAUUUUAUACCACGGUCAGCGAGAAAAGCGUUAAGUAGUUCCAGCAACCGUCAAAUCACUGUUCUGUAUCACUGCUCUGCGCCUGACAACACUAUAGCAACAGGUAUGACACAUUUCAACCUGCAGCCAUUCGUUAUACAGUUUAAAAGUGUCAAUGUACAAUAAAAAUAAUAAUUUGAAUAGUGGACUAAUGGAAAAAUCAAUCGCUGACUGCUAAAAUAAUAGUCUUGCCGUAAAACUCAAUCUUUUGUUUAGUUUCUGCAGUGAGGACUACAUAGACCAUGAUGCUUUGCUCCAUUUCAGUGCAGCCAGCGUAAAGAAAUGAAAAUUAAACUACUGUGAUCGUUUAAUCACUGUGCAGGCCCCAAACCCUCUCACUUUGCCAAAAAAUAUGUACAUUUAUAUGAAUAUUUUAACAUUUCCCCUUCAUCUUUUUUAUAAUUCCACUUUUCAUACGGUGAAACUGUAGCUGACGCAGACUGUUAGUGUCCAUCAAGUUAUUUCUACAUUUUAUACCAUUUCAGCAUUUUUCAUAGCGUAAAUUAUUAUAAAACAGAUAAAAAUUUGUAUUAUUGUAACUGUAAGAUGCAGCCAAAGGGAACUGAAGGUUGGGAACUUUGCUUUUCUUAAUAUUUUCUUAAAGAUCGGGCUGUGAGUAAACGUGCUGGUGAGAAUAUUUGACGUUUUAAUUUAAAUUUUUGACAAUUCAGUUUAAAAAAAAAAUAUUCUAAAUUAUUUGCUGGUCAAAGUUUUGCAAAACUAUAACGUGAGGACCAGAAAUAAGAAUAUUUUCAUUUUUUGUCUUGUGAUUAGUUUUAGUCUCAGUCAAGUUAUUUAUUUUUUAAUUUUUGCCAAUCUAAUUUGGAAACGAUUGUUGCAAAAGGCAAAAUUUUGAAGAUCUGUUGCCUUGGAUCUGGAAUUCACACUUCUUCAAUACUUUCUAAAGGUGUAAGUCUGGUUCAGAUGGUCGUGAUUGACAGGUGGAUUAGCCAAUCCGGGACAAGUCUGGCCCGUCAGCAUCAAAACAAAUAUGUCUUUUCUUUCUUUGUCCCUAAAAAACAAAAUAAUAACACGAGGGAUUGAAAAACUUGAAGGAUUUUUGUAGAAUCAAUAAGAGAUGCACUAAACUGUGAAUCUAAGGGAGAGAAAUGUUUUUGUUUUUUUUAACUGAUGGCGACCAAUGAGCUCCUUCGGUUCACACGCGUCACUGAAAUAAACAAAUCUGAUUUUACGAUCAACAAAGUCAUGUGAACCAGACUGAUAUCAAUCUUUAUUUAAAAAGAAAUUAUAAAAAAUCUAGAUUUACCUGGCAACAAGAUCACGACUUAAAUAUUUACAUUUCUACAAGAGAUUUAUUUUUAUUUUUUGGGCCCAAUUUAGAUCAAAACUGUCAAAUGGAUGACGUCAUUCCAGUUCAUCAGCCAAUAUUUGUUAUGCACUUAUCCAGCGUUUUCCAUUCCGAUACCGAUUCCGAUACCAUGGCUUUAAGUAUCUGCCGAUAUCCGAUAUCUACAGAUACCAGUGCAGGGACUAAAAAUAAACUUUACUGUCCUAAAAACUCGAAAUAUUGUACGACAGAAUGUGUGAUGUAGCUCUUAUUUACCUCUCGGAACACCUUUGUAUUAAAAACUCAAACAUUCUGAGACUUUCUGGACGAACUAUGACCAGCAAUACACGAAUUUAUGGGCCUGACCAGGGUAACGGCAGAAAAGAUAUUUUGGAGCCGAUUCCGAUCCAGCAAACGUUCACGGAUCGGCGCCGAUAUCCCUGCGUUCUGGACUUAUGCAUUUUCUAAUACGGCGAUUCUAGUUUGUGUUAUAUUUCUGUGGAUUCCUCGUGUUGAAGCCCCAGAGUCAUGUCCGCUGUGUUAAAGGCCCCACUCAUGUUCUACUGCUAAAGUUGCACCGUGGAACUUUCCCGGCGGAGGGUUUGUCAAACGCUUUUCUCCACGGAGACGAUAUGGCUUCGUCUGGAAUGUUUCACGGUAUUCUCGGUAUUUUUGAGCUAUAAAACCACGUGCAAUUGAGUAAACGUAAAGUAAAGCUGCUUAAUGUUACGCUGCGGAACAUUCCAGGCAGAGCGAUGACGUAUCCACGGAGACGAGCAUUUUGACGGACCGCCCGACCGGAAAAGUUACACGGUGCGGCUUUUGAAGACCGCUCCCACAUCUUCAGAACAAACUGAACUCUAUCUGUCAAAUAAAAUCUCCUCCUCGUAUUCACCGUUGCGUCGCCGGAGCCCAGACUGCUGUUUCAAACCGCUGUGCCCACGAGCAACGCAUUUGUCUCUGUUUGUGUCGAGAAAAUCGUAUUUAUUUUAGACAAAUCAGAUUACAAUCCUCUGCUGUUUUUUUUUUUUUUCUCUCUUGGAAAUCACAAUUGCUGUUAAGGAUCUUUUUUUAAACGCUUAAAAUGGUUGGAGAACGGAUUAAGGGACGUUUUAAUACAAUCUUGCGGUGGGUUUGAUGCAUAGACUGUGUAGCGAAGUGGGAAGUGAGCAUGGGCGCGCUUCCUGCUCCAUCGGCUCUGGCUCCAGUUCACUUUAUAUUGAAAAAACGUCACCUCUCUCUCUUAAAAUGUUCGUAUUAAUGCGCUCUACAUGAUCCAGGAGGUUUAAUUUCACUUUUUUUUUUUUUUCAAAAUAUGAACAUUAAUAACAGACAAAUGAGGUGCCUUCUUUUCCCGACAGCCUCGCUCCUGAUUGGCUCUUUGGUUGCUGUGAUACUCGCGCUCAGAAUUCCGAUUAUGAAAGUGGGCUCCAAGGCUGUGUCCAAAUAUUCAGGGAUAACGGCAUUUUCAGGGGCGUCCGAAUGUCCAGUUGGUGAAAAAGUAGCGCACGCAAAAUUUCUCACAAUGCACCUUGAAAAGUAGUGGGCAUCGGUGCCACUAGAGCGUCGAUGUAGACCACAAUGCACUGGGAGAGUCGGCAAAACAACGGCGUACAGUGACAGGUGUUUAACCAAACACACGACUGAAUGAAGCCGAUAAAAGCGUUUGUUUAUGGCUCUGUAGAUCCUGAUUCUGAAUAAAACACGACUAAAUAAACCGCUUACCUUAAAGGGCCCAUCUCAUGUAAAAUAACUCUUUUCAUGUUGUAUCUUCUGCACAUAAACAAGCACAGUUUGGGUUUUGGAACAUCCAUGACACAAUAGUUCUGAAAUCUUACUGAUUUCUUGGAGUCAGUCACAGACCAGGAACUAUGAAAGUCCGACUAUUGCUCCUCCCCCCGCCCGUCCUGAGAAAGCACAGGCUCCGCCCUCCAAACGUGACGUAGGCUCUGAGUGAGCCGCCCUUCCUCCGCCAUCUCAGGGAGGGAGGGGGAGACAGACGUGACCCUGAUAGCGGCAGGAAUAAACUUUUAUUCAUCAUGGAGAUACAGCGCGUUCAGCUGCAUGUGUUGGACCCGGAAUCAGACGAGGACUUUGAGGAGCACGAAGCUCAAGCGCCACAUCCACAUCAGCUGAACAUUACUGAUUGGUAAAGAACAAUGAGUUUAUCCUGUCGCUUUUGUAUAGAUGUUCAUGUGGGAAUUGUCAGACGAUGCGGGGGAGGAGUCGGGGCGGAGGCGGUGAAGGCAAACGUGUCAUAGGUGUAUCUGCCGCGUCAUCGUUGUAGCAGCUUUAGUUCGUUGUCACGUGGGAGGGUGGCAGAAAUACGCUGCAAUUUGUUAAAAAAAAAAAAACACAGAAUCAAUCUAAAAACCACUUUAGCGACAAAUACAAGUCCCACACAUCACUCUGAGAAGGUAGAAAAGUUGAAAAAGUUGAUUUUGCACGAGAUGGAGCCUUUAACUCCAGCUGUUAAAAGAGCGAUCAUUUCCGCAUCUCAGACAAAAAGUGAAUAAUCCAAUCCGUUUACGUGAAAUCCAGCGUGAAAAAAACUCAUAUGGUUUUUAUUAGUCCUUAAACACUUGUGUCAGUCUGAUCUGAUCAUUAUUUAUGACAGAAAUCAAGUUUUAUUGGAGUUUAUUGGACAUUUUGUCAGACACCAGAGUCACGUGACCCGAAUGUCGUGCGUUGCGUGUCCGAAUCUUUGUGAGUGAGUGAACUGUAGGGGGCGCUAAAGAGUGCGGGCCUAUGUAGUAAACGAGGGUCUAGAGAUUGGAGUGGACAUUCGGACACAGCCCAAAUUUACCCUUAUCGCCUUUAGCCUCGAUGAGCUGCGUUUGACUGGAGCCGAACGCUUGCUUAAGUUCACUUCUUUAUACAGUCCGUGUUUGGUUGGUGGCAGAGUGGUUAGCCCGUCUCCUCCUCUCAGUGAGGAGGUUGUGGGUUAGACUCCUGAUCUCUCUCUGUCUUGAGUGAAAAUGGUCUGGAACUGCUGUAGACAUUGAAAUCUUGAACGAGUGUUGCAUAAUAAAGGCGCGCUGUGUAACUUUCCGGGGGACGGUCCACCGCCCGAAGUUAGGGCUUUGUCUGGAAUAUUCCACAGUACAGCAUUAAACAUAUCUAUCCUGUAUUCAGUCAAUUAAAUUUGGUUUUAAUGGUCAAAAUGCCAAAGAUCUUCUCCGCAGAUCUGGCCUGUAACAUAACUUGGCGGCAUUGCAUGCUUGUUUUUAUCGUGGCGCAUUCCCGGCAAAGCAAUAACAUCUCCAUGGAGACCAGGAACGAGCAGAUCUUCCAGCAGAAAAGUUACGCAGUGCAGCUUUAGAUAGAGACUGGCUUAUAUCAGACCUGAGUUCAUUUUCUUCAGGUAUUUGGUUCUUUUAACUAAUUUUUGACGUUCAAAAUACACGUUAAACUACACGUGGACAAUCCAGAGUCGGGUCAAAUGUCUCUAGUGAAUCUGCAGAUGUUGAUGUUGAUGUUGUUGGUGUGUCAGAUGCCCUUCCCAGAAUGGAUGUGAUAGAAAUGAUCAGGGGGGGGAAAAAGACAUUUGUGGGUUUGAUUUUUGGCGAUUUGCGAUGAAAAUACCAGAGAAUGAGACGGAACACUGGCAUCCUCCAUUGUUUUUUACUGUGUCAAUGUGUCAAAACAAUCUCUAUAUGUUUUUAAAUCUUGUAUUUUUCAUUUUUAACCAUUACAAGUUGAAUACGUCGCACUAAAUUUCACAUUGUCCCAUACUAAACAAGCCAUAGGAAGUACAGGGCCACACCUUUAGACAAUAAUAUCCUUUAUACCAGUCAAACCUCUUACCUCUGGACACUGGGAGACGAUCGUAUUAUUUUGAAGCUGGAUAUUGUUAGUGAACGUUUUACACUUUCUCUGUCUGUAAAUGUAAAAACAGCUCCAUUUUGCACAGUCGUUUGUCGUGCGCCGACGCUAACCCCAGGCUUAUUUUGUUGGUGAAAAUGUGACUUUGGACAAUUUUAGACGCAUUUAUUUGGGUAGAUCGGUAAUUGUACGCAAGAAAGUACGGUUACCCAACGAUACCAAAAGGUGUGAAGAUAAAAAUAAUUUUUUAAAAACUACUCAAAUAUAAUAGGGUGACCAGAUUUUCAGAAUUAGAAACUGGGACACUCCCGGUUUGGGGAGGUUGGGAAUAAUAAAACAGUGAAACGAGCGUGUAAUUAUGGAAAAUUGUUGCGCGCUCAGCCCAUUCGUGACUAAUACGUGAGUCAGUAUAGUCACGUUUUCUGUGUUUUGGUCAUUUUUAAGCGGCUUUUCUGCAUUUUACCAAAACAAGUGACGAUUUAUGCUUCUGUUUACUGUUGGCAGGGAUCAAACUGGUCAAAAAUAUCAACAUUUCUUGUUCAAAAUUGGGACAAAUCAGUGGUUUUGGAUAAAUCUGCUGGGACGGGGGACGCACGGCUCAAAACUGGGACUGUCCUGGGUAAAUAGGGACGUCUGGUCACCCUGCUCAUAUAGGCUACAACUGUUUGGAUAUUUGAUCGGCAAAACAAAACUUUAUUGGGUAUUUUGGUAUUUCAAUUUAAAAGGACUCAUAUUACGCCAUUUUCUGAUCUGUUCUAAUGUCGUUUCCUUGUCACAAACAAACCUGGAGUUGUGUUUUGAGUCAUUCACACAUGUUGUAACACACAAACAGGCAGAUUUACGCCGAGUUCUUCUGGAAAAACACCUUGUGAUGUCAUCAUGUGGUAAUACAGGAAGCGCUCCACUGUUUUUUUUUAAGCUCCACACACCUUCAGUAGAAUCAUUUGGAUCAUUUCAUCCCUGGAAUUUCUUUACUGAUCUCUACAGAACUGAAAAAAAAGGAGCUGUAAACUUGGAAACUACCGCUUCAUGACAUCACAAGGUGGAACGGAGCAUUUUGAGCUUUGGAGAUGUAAAAACUAAUAAUAAAUGAUUACUUAAACGUGUGUGAAGGAAACAAAACACUGGUCCAGGUCUGUUUUUCAGGAGGUAACAACAUUAUAGCAGGACUUAAACCUCAGAAGAGUCAGUUUGGCGUAAUAUAGGAGCUUUAAUAAAAGAGUUUUUAUGAAUUUUAUCCUGGCGCUCCUGCUCCAUAACUUUCCAUGUCUUCCUCUAAGCGCGCUAACCUGCUGCACUGUAUCGUCUGCAUAAUAAAACCUCUCUCGGGUUGACAGAUAGAGUUCCCUACGUUCCCAUGUGUAAAAUUGUACAAGAACAAUGUAUAUAUUUGAUUUAAACGUGUUGAAUUUUCUGUUUUUGUCUGUCUUUAAAAGUUUGUGUCGCAAUGGUUCAAGGUUUUGGACUUUUUGGUUGUGGAUAAAGCGGACGGAUGGACGCGCUGUGGAGAUGCGGAGAAGAAAAUGUGGAGAUUUCAGAUCCAUAAAAGUUUACGGAGAAUCCUUUUGGCUGGAAUCCUGCUGGACUCAUGUGGCUGUGUGUUUUUCAAUGUGAAACUUUUACUUUUGGCUUGAAUUCAGACGUGUUUUCGAUUCUUUUGCAUAAUUUCAAAUAAAUGGCUUCUUUCGCCACCUCUUGCUG